GCAUUGCACAUCUCGCUCUAAGUCAGUGAUAAUGAACCUUUCGAGACCGGUGUGUCCAAAUUCGGAAGAAAUUUAACACUACAUUAAGUGUAGACACAGUAGAGACAGCAGGCCGAGAUCUUCAGUUUUAUGAAGUUAAACGGAAGAUGCGUAAUGAUUAUAAUAAAUUCUUACACACAGGUUGACAAUAUGUCUGAUCUAAUUGUUACCAUCAAACAGGGAGAUCUGAAAGGUAAAAUAGACAAAGACCAAAAUGAUCAAGAUUACUACACAUUCCAUGCUAUUCCGUACGCUAAACCGCCGCUAGGAGCUCUCAGAUUUAAGGCGCCUCAACCGCCAGAAUCUUGGAAUGGAUUAAGAGAUGCUACAGAAGAAGGGAAUGAAUGUUUUUCAAGACACCCAUUGUAUCAAAAGAAGUCGGUCGGUUCUGAGGAUUGUUUAAUAUUGAACGUCUUUACUCCAGAAUUGCCCACGAAAAAGAAGCAUCUGAAACCUGUAAUGAUGUGGAUACAUGGAGGAGGAUUCAAGGUUGGCUCAAGCAAAUUGGAAAUGCAUAGUCCUGAAUUCUUAAUGACUGGCGACGUUGUUUUGGUUACAGUUAAUUUCAGAUUAGGAAUAUUCGGAUUUUUGAGUUUCGAAGACACAACUUUGAGAGUUCCCGGAAACGCGGGUUUGAAAGACCUGGUAAUGGCAUUGCGCUGGAUAAAGGAGAACAUUGAAAGUUUCAACGGGGAUCCAAAUAACGUAACAAUCUUUGGUGAGAGUUCUGGAGGAGCCUUGGUCCAUUACUUGGUGCUGUCACCAAUGGCAAAUGGGCUUUUUCAUAAGGCAAUUUGCCAAAGUGGCGUUGCUGUAAAUAUUUGGGCCAAGGGCACAAGAUGCAGACAAGAAUACAUGAGACAUUUAGGAUACGAAAAUUGCAAAAGCGAGAGAGAAAUGCUGGACAUCCUACAAAAAGCAGACAAAAAGGAUUUACUUGAUGCGCAUUGGAAAAUACCAGAUUUGAUUGAAGCUCAUGCUGGAGCACAUCGAGUAUUUGGACCAGUUGUUGAAAACUUAAGUCCAUAUGAGGAGGCGUUCUUGAGCGAUGAACCAAUAAACAUUUUAAAAUCUGGAAAAUUCAAUAAAGUUCCAAUGAUCUUUGGUUAUACUUCCAGUGAGGGUCUUAUGUUUACACUAUUCAAAGAACCUAUGAUAACCGAUUUUGAAACUAUUGUUCCAUAUACUUUGAAAUUCCCAAGAGGAAGUUCAAUGUCUAAAGUUGUUGCUGAAAAAAUUAAGCAAUUUUAUUUUGGAGAUGACGAACCAUCAGAUAACAAGCAAAACUAUCACGAUGUAAAUUAAGAAAUUUAAU